GUGUUCAACGUGUUAUUUUUUAAACUCUAGACAUUGAAAAAAAAAUACAAAACGCAUUAGUGCAAAAACGUAAAAAAUUGCAUUCAUAAAAAAAGAAACUUAGAAACUUUACUGUAAUAAUAAUUAAAUAAAACAACAAAAACCUUAACUAAAAAUGGCUCAAAAGACAAGUGUAUGCAUUGUGGGUUCCGGCAACUGGGGUUCUGCUAUAGCCAAAAUUGUGGGUGCCAAUUGUGCUAACUUGCCCGAAUUCGAGGAGCGUGUCACCAUGUAUGUGUAUGAAGAAAUGAUCGAUGGCAAGAAAUUGACAGAAAUCAUUAAUACCACCCAUGAGAAUGUUAAAUAUUUACCCGGACACAAGUUGCCACCAAAUGUGGUUGCUGUACCCGAUUUGGUAGAGGCUGCCAAAGAUGCUGAUGUCUUAAUUUUCGUUGUACCCCAUCAAUUCAUUCCCAAUUUCUGUAAACAACUUUUGGGUAAAAUUAAGCCCAAUGCUGUAGCAAUUUCCCUAAUCAAGGGCUUCGAUAAGGCCGAAGGUGGUGGCAUUGACUUGAUCUCACACAUUAUUACCCGUCAUCUUAAAAUUCCCUGCUCUGUACUUAUGGGUGCCAAUUUGGCCAAUGAAGUCGCUGAGGGACAAUUUUGUGAAACCACAAUCGGUUGUCGCGAUGCUAAAUAUGCCAAAACCUUACGUGAUCUCUUCCAAGCCAAUCACUUCCGUGUGGUAGUGGUUGAGGACUCAGAUGCUGUAGAAAUCUGUGGUGCUUUAAAGAAUGUGGUAGCCAUGGGUGCUGGUUUCGUUGAUGGCUUGGGUUUGGGUGACAACACCAAGGCCGCUGUUAUUCGUUUGGGUUUAAUGGAAAUGAUUCGCUUUGUGGAAAUCAUGUAUCCCGGCAGCAAAUUGUCAACAUUCUUUGAAAGCUGUGGUGUAGCUGAUUUAAUUACCACCUGUUAUGGUGGUCGCAACCGUAAAGUGGGUGAAGCUUUCGUUAAAUCUGGCAAAACCAUUCAACAAUUGGAAACUGAAAUGUUGAAUGGACAAAAAUUACAGGGUCCUCUUACUGCCGAAGAAGUUAGCUACAUGUUGAAAAACAAAAACUUGGAAGAAAAGUUCCCCUUAUUUACCGCCGUUAAUAAAAUCUGCACUGGUGCCCUUAAGCCUCAAGACUUAAUUGAAUGCAUACGCAUUCAUCCCGAGCAUAUGCAAAAAUUAUAAAUUAUUUGUAAAAAAAUCUGCCUAAAAUUAUUUAAAAAAAAAUACUUAUUCAAACAAACCAAACAACAUCCUCCUAACCUUGAUAAGCUUAUAACUUAAACGCAUAAACUGUGAUUUGUUUUUUUUUAAUAUAACAUCACUAUCUAGAAGAAAAAAACAACAACAGCACAAUUUAAUUUCUUAGAUUGCCUUGGAAAAAAAUUACAACAAACUAAAUAACAAAAAUAUAUUGGUGCUUAAAUAUUAAUAUAAAAAAAACUUUACUUUUAAACACCCUUAAGAUUUAAAGGCAUAUCUUCUUAAACUCCCUCUCAAAAAUAAAACAAACGAAAACUAUCAAACUUGAUCUUUUAACUAAAAUUUUAUUUUAAAGAAAAAAACCAACAAAACAAUUGUAUUUUUAAAACUAUAUUUAAGUUGUAAGUAAAACAACACUUUUACAACUAAAUAUUUUUGUUACAAGAAAAAAACAAGAACGAAUAAGUACCUUAAACUAAAACAUAAAUUAAA